GGAAUCUGAUUAACAUGAAAGCAAAACAGCAGACCAACGCAAAGUUAAUGUGACUGUCAUUACUGUGCUAUUCAACAACUAAAUAACAGUAGAGGCAGUAGAAAGGGGCAGCUGAAGGCUUCAACAUGUCGUCGGAGGAAUACGAGAAAUUGCACGAAAUCUAUAAAUCACUGUUUGAGGAAAUCAAGCUGAUGCCAGAGAGAGCUCUGAGAUGCCACGGAGAGGAGAGGAAGAGGCUGGUGAGGACCUUUGAUGAGAGACAUGGGGAGGCUGAUGAAGUGUUACAAGGAAUGGAAGAAGAGCUGCGUGCUGCACCUUCCACCUACAGAAACGCCAUGAGCACCAAGCUGCGCAUGCACCGGCGGGAUCUGGGCAAACUGCAGAGGGACAUGAAAACCUCUGCCACUGGCUUCGGUUCGUCUUCACAGACAGUGGAGGGAAGUAAUCAUGGCAUCUAUUCAUCACAAAACCAACAAAGUACACACCUGCAGUCCCAGAGAGCUUUGCUUCUCCAGGGCACCGACUCUCUGAACAAUGCCACCCAGAGUAUUGAACGGAGUCAGCGCAUCGCCGCGGAGACGGAUCAGAUCGGCACAGAUAUCAUCGAGGAGCUGGGAGAGCAGAGGGAACAGCUGGACCGCACCAGAAACCGAUUGGCGGAUACUGGAGAGAACCUCAGUCGAAGUAGAAAAAUUCUUCGUGCCAUGUCACGGCGGCUGGUGACGAACAAGUUGCUGUUGGCUGUCAUCAUUUUAAUGGAGUUGGCCAUUCUGGGAGCUGUGAUUUAUCUGAAGUUCUUCCGACGAUGAUCAAGCUAAACCGUCUAAAAAACAUUCUAAGCUCUGGUUACAGGGCAAACCCAGACUCUCUUCAUCUGUCUCCACUGACUAUCCAGUAGCAAUAAUUUUCCUCUGCUGUAUUCAGCCAACUGUUUCUGUGAGUAAAAAUGACACUGAAGUCAUAAAGUGAACCUUUUAAUAAGAGGGGAUUCUGUCCGUGGGCAGGUGAAGUUCAUUUGACAAGAAUCACUAAUUGUUGAACCUAUUUGAAUGGACCAAACCUACAGAAACUCCACACACAAACUGUGACCUGAUAUUUGCACUGUUUAAUCAGACUGUUAGUACCAUCGAUGCCCUGAAGGAGAAUGUUGUGGACUUGUGUGCUGCCUGCUACAGACCUCAGUAUGGAUUCUCUGUCAGGACUUAUUCGAACUUAAGUACGAUCAACCUUCUUCCACAUGUGAAGAUUCUCCGUUGACUGUCCUGAAAUGUUGCUGAUAGACAUUACCUCAGCAGUUCUGGGAGUUCUUAGAUUGGGAUACUUUAUUAUUAGUUCUCAAAACAAUUGUAUCUUUUUUUGUUUUGUCCUCAUGCCCAGUAUCUAAAUGGUUGUAUUUAGCUAAUUUUUACAACUCUUAGUACUGAGACCUGAGGCCAAAUCAGUCAGAGAUAUUAUAAAAAAAAUGGUUGGAAGCUCUUAAUAAAUGCAAUGUUCUUAACAGUUAAUAAUGAUGUCUAAUUGUUGUAUAAUACAAAAAUCACUGUUAGAAAAGCUUCAGUAUUCCCUAUUUGAUUGUUUCUCCACAUCAUUAAAAGCUAAUCUUACAACUCGGUUUGCAUUGUAUCUGAUAUAUUUCCAGGGACGGCAGUCAAACAAAGUUAGAAAAACUUCCGCUGUGUAGCUGACGUCACCAGAAUGUGUUACAGGCUGAAGCCCCAGACCAGGUCAGUGCUGGGUAAACAGCACCUGUUACUAUGGAAUUAAUCAUCAAAUAAUGAUGAUAAGAUUAUUCUUUGUGCCGUGAUCUUGAACAUCUGCCACAAUGUUUUUCUUAGAUAUCAUGCCUUCCUAGAGUGUUGCCAAGUACGAAAACAUGUUUGGUGACGUGCUUGUGUGGAUCAUGUGGGGGUGUGGUGGAAAGAAAUAUGUGAAUCUUCUUUUGCUUUUAUCUGAAGUAUUGCUUUCACGUCCCCUUAAAAAAACAUAACAAAUAAAGUACAACUUUUAUACUGUUACUAACAGUAAAAAUACUAUGGUUGUUUAGCUGCAUGUCAAUUAUAUUAUAUUUUAUGUAAUAAAAAAGUGUAAUCAGUUAUGUAACCAUGAUGCCAGCAAUACUUAUAACAGUUUAUAGCAGUCGAAACAUUGGCCAUUAGUUCUUUCAUGUACCUGCAUCAUUUUUCAGACAUGCUAAUGAUUAUACGAAUAGCAGUGAUGUUAGUUCGAUCUCUUUGGUCCACGCUGAAAUAUCUCAAUAAAUAUUGAAUGGAUUGCCAUGAAA